AUCGAGAAUGUAGAGAGCUUCAUUGAAGAAGGAGGUGAUUCAGCCUCUUACCUUAGUUCCUCUUAGUCCUUCCUUCCGACUAACACAUCACAUACAAAAAGUGCACCAGCUGCCGCCAAGAGGUUAGGAAGGUCCGAUUAAGAUCGCGGCAGCUUCAUCUCAAUUGCCGACAUACAGACAUUCACUAUCGCAUCAUUAAAGCUGAUCUCAACCUCAAAUUCUAACGAUGUCUCUCAAGGGUCCCUCUCCGCAACACCAUGAUGGCUCUGGCCUGCGCAUCGGCAUUGUCCAUGCUCGUUGGAACUCAACCAUCAUCGACCCUCUCGUGACCGGCGCCAAGGAGAAGCUCCUCGCAGCUGGUGUUAAGGAGUCCAAUAUUGUCAUCCAAUCUUGCCCCGGCUCCUGGGAGCUCCCCAUUGCUGUCCAGCGCCUGUUCUCCGCUUCCCAGAUCCAGGGCACCUCGACUGGCGGUCCUUCGGCAACCGAUCUUCUGGCUUCGUCCACUACCGAUCUCACCUCUCUUCCCGCUUCCUCUGGCGCCUUUGAUGCCAUCAUCGCUGUCGGCGUUCUGAUCAAGGGAGAGACCAUGCACUUUGAGUACAUUGCCGAGUCAACUUGCCAGGGCCUUAUGCGCGUGCAGCUCGACACUGGUGUUCCCGUCAUUCUGGGUGUCUUGACUGUUCUGACCGAGGAUCAAGCGAAGGCUCGCGCCGGUGUCGAUGGCAAGGGCCACAACCAUGGAGAGGAUUGGGGUCUGGCGGCUGUCGAGAUGGGUGUCAAGAGAAAGGAGUGGGCCAACGGCACAAUUGAUGGUUAGAACAAGAGCAAUGUGCAUAACAAAUGAUAAAACUUCACAUUUGGACAUGGCGUAGAUAACCUCAGCGCCCCCCAACGGAUCCAUGGAAGCAUGACUUGGGCCACAGAUGAAUAACGUUCCGAAAAUGACCUCCCAAUUAGUCAAUUACCGCAUAAAGAUGUAUCUAUCAUGCACCAGUCUCAGUCCCAAUGA